AUGCCCACGGGGGGACUCUACAUAGCUGUUAUAUUUUAUUACAAAGACAAUAUGUUAGUCACCAAUGAAGACCAAAUACCAAUUGUUGAAAUAGAUGACUCUCACACCAGUUCCAUUACACAAGAUUUUCUGUGGUUCACAAAGCUGUCUUGUAUGUGGGAAGAUAUAAGGUGGUUGAGGCAAAGCAUACCUAUCUCCAUGUCCUCAUCCACAGUCCUGCAAACACGGCAGAAGAUGCUCGCAGCAACAGCUCAACUGCAGAAUUUACUCGGAACACACAACUUGGGAAGAGUUUACUAUGAGCCCAUUAAAGACCGGCAUGGAAACAUCCUCAUAGUCACCAUCAGAGAGAUGGAGAUGCUCUACUCAUUUUUUAAUGGCAAAUGGAUGCAGAUCUCAAAGCUGCAAAGCCAGAGGAAGUCUCUCUCAACACCGGAGGAGCCAACAGCCUUAGACAUUUUACUGAUAACCAUCCAGGAUAUUCUCUCCUAUCACAAAAGGAGUCAUCAACGUCUCUCUCCUGGAUUAUAUCUGGGUUACCUAAAGCUGUGUAGCUCUGUGGAUCAGAUCAAAGUUCUCGUUACCCAAAAGUUACCUAACAUCCUCUGCCAUGUGAAGAUCCGUGAAAACAAUAACAUUUCCAAAGAGGAGUGGGAAUGGGUCCAAAAGCUUUCUGGCUCUGAAUCUAUGGAAAGUGUGGAUCAUACUUCUGACUGCCCCAUGCAAUUGUUCUUCUACGAGCUCCAGAUGGCAGUGAAAGCUCUCCUUAAGCAGAUCAAUAUACCUCUGUACCAGGUACAAGUCUUUACCAUUUUUAUCUUCUUUUUAUGGCUCAUGGAAAGUGCAUUAUGGCAUAAAACUCAAAAGCUUCUCCGUGUUGAUGUCUUUCAGAAUCCCCAGAUCCCAUUUUACUGUGGUCUGGUCAAACAAGCAAAAAUAACUGGCUAA